AGAUGGCAUGUGGAUUUUGAGAUGUUGAUAGAAAGUGACAUUAUACCGUUAUUUCUUGUAUUUUUCGUUACUUUUUAUUCUCAAUUCGCUUUAUUUUUCUUUUUUUAUGUUGGUUACCUCACAAUUUUUUUAAUGUGAAAUAGCUGUCAUUUGGUUUUUCGUCAAGUUUUUCUCAGUAGUAUUUUAUUCAAUUUUCAGGCUUCAUUCAACACUCAAUUGAAAUGGCGGACAACACCAUAAAUCACAGCAUUAUAACAUAACUACAACUCAUAAUUUAUUGACCGAAAAUCUCGGUCUUUCAUUUGUCAAAAUAGCAACAAAAAAAUACGCGCCCCAUUAUUGGCGGGUUCUGUCUAAGUGAGAUAUGAUUGGUUAUCACUCUCCUCUCCCAGUCGAGAAAAGUCGUACCUGCGUGAAAUGGCGGGACAAGCCGCCAUUAUGCAAAACAUUGAAAAUAAAUUACCAGUCGUAAUAAACAUCUGUUAGGGUUAAGUCGAAAAAAGGAGGUUAUAUUGUAAUUGACAAGUACAAUAAACUUUUAAGUGUAUUAAUUGAAUAUUUUCGAGUAAAUUCCGUGAUUUAGUAUUCUCGUUGUGGGAUAGUUUAAAAUUGCGCGCCGAAAAGUGCAUGUAGAUGUCGUUGCAGUUGUGUUGUGUUAAAUUGAUAGGGCGUCUGCCGCGCGGCAGUGAGUGUCGUGAAGCGUUCCAAACAUGGCUUGCACCGAGGAGACGCCUGAGGAAAUUAACGUAGAUGUGUUAAUCUCUGAGAUUAAAAAACGUCCCGUGCUGUACAAUAAGAAUGCUGGGGAAAUCUCGAAAGAGGCGAAGAGCGUGUUGUGGUGUGAAAUAGGCCAGGCGCUGUUCAAACGCUGGAACGUGUACAAAUUUAAUAUAAAAUUGGAAAGAGUGCGAGAAGCCCAAGCCAAAUGGAAGACGCUAAAAGAAAUGUUUAUUAAACAUCGGUUGUCCCCCCGCUUGAUGAACGCCGCUGGGAGAAUCAAGAAGAAGUAUAGAUACUUCGAGAAAAUGGAGUUCCUCGUACCGUUACUCGAGAAUGAAAAUAAUAACGAUAUAGCCACCAUAUCGUCUACUGCAGCGGUUGCCGGGCAGCUGGCCAACCUGCCUUCCACAUCUUCGGCCGGCAUGGAACCCCCUGUGGCCGUGCCUGGCUCCUCUGAUGCUGUCAACGACAACCCAGGCAGCCUUCCGAACCCCAACGGCAAUCAGCUUCAACCAGUUAGCGUUCAGCUUCCAGACGGCGACCAGCUGGAUCUGACCAGCAACCCGUUCAAUCCAAAUGAAAUGGACGACAUCUCAUAUUUCUCGCUGAUGCUGGUGUCGAUGAUGCGAAAACUUACUGAGGAACGUAAAUAUUACGCUCAGACAGAAAUACUCCGCAUCAUGCGGCAGGCCCACUGGCUUGGGCAAAUCCCACCGGAUGACGAUAUGGAGGACGUUGCGCCCCUGCGUCCACCGUCGCCUGGUGGCGGAUUUCAGCCAGUGCGCAUACCAGCUCUGCUGGAGCGGAAUGAAGGCGAUAUCGAAAUGCCUAACGCGGCUCCAGCUCCGCGGGAUGAGCCCCAGCCGGGCCCGUCCCGCAUCAACGAUGACGCGCCCCUGGCAGGCCACCCUUUCAACCGGGCCCAACGAGCUAUCACUAUCCUACAUAGCGAGCUUGUACACCCCGAUCCCGAUUCCGACUAAAUUCAAAACAGUAUAAUACUAACUUAUUCUAUUCUAUUUAAGUGUUACGUGAAAAAUUGCCGUGUUUAGAACACUGGACGAUUACGUAUUUAACUAUCCUAUAAUCUAUAUAUUUCGAAUUGUAUUUUGACUUGUGUAGUCUAGAAAGUGAUCUCUGUAUUUAAGUCCCUACGAGGGCAGUGAAAUUCUUUAAAUUAUUAAACAUAUACUCAUAGCACAGCCUGUUGUUUUACUUUUGAAACCUAACGAUUUGUCUUACUUCGACAGAUCGUGUGACAACAUAGUUUGAUUUACAACACCAUCAAAAAAGACCUUGAAAUAUAAAACACAAAUUCAACUGCGACGACUCCCCUCAAUUUAUUCGCGAGUAGGUCGGGAACGCAAAACGGGCCAAUACCCCUGACCUUGCCACACUUACAAUCAAACGACACUUGUGGCUCAAUAAAUUCUGGUGUCACUUACAAAAUGGCGUAGUUUGGGCAUUGUUGCUAGGU